UCAAAACCAAACAAACCAAACCCAUACCAACGUAGUUUCAUUACUCAUUCCAAAUUUAUACCAUUAGGGAGUACGGAGUAUUUGUUUAUUUGAACCAAAUACACCCUCAUUUCUUGCUCAUUCCUUUUUCAAUUUCCCAAUUUUCUGAAGGUUAAUCAAUGGCAGCUAUGACAACUGCUCUCUGCGCUUGCUCAUUCCUUCACACCACCACACAAAAACAUCUACUUUCUCUCUCCUCUUCUUCCCACCUCUCACACUCUCUUCCCUCCUUCACUCUCAACACCAAAUGCCUGAACAAUUCAGCUUUAAAACCCACCAAUUCUUUCUCAAUUUCAGCAGUUUCUACCCCAAUUGCUGAGACUUCUCAACCCACUUCAUUAUCAAAUUCAAAACCCCCUAAAAUCCUUCCUUUUCGGGUCGGUCACGGGUUCGAUCUCCAUCGCUUGGAGCCGGGUUAUCCUUUGAUUAUUGGUGGCAUUGACAUUCCUCAUGAUAAAGGAUGCGAGGCUCACUCUGAUGGAGAUGUGCUGCUUCAUUGUGUGGUAGAUGCUAUAUUGGGGGCAUUAGGGCUUCCGGAUAUCGGGCAACUUUUCCCUGAUAAUGAUCCUAAGUGGAAGGGUGCAGCUUCUUCUGUUUUCAUCAAAGAAGCUGUAAGACUAAUGGACGAGGCUGGGUAUGAGCUUGGCAAUUUAGACGCCACCUUAAUUCUUCAAAGACCUAAAGUUAGCCCACACAAGGAAGCAAUCAAGGCCAACUUGUCUGCUCUGCUCGGGGUUGAUACCUCCGUCUUGAAUCUGAAAGCGAAAACCCAUGAGAAGGUUGAUAGUCUCGGAGAAAAUAGAAGUAUUGCAGCUCAUACAGUGGUUCUAUUGAUGAAAAAGUAAAGGAACCAUCAUGAACCACAAUUAGAAGAUCAACAUCACUAUUGAAAAAUCUUAUGUGUGAUAUGUUUCUUUUGGUAGGUUUUUGGUGAAUAUAACUUGCAAAUUAUCUUGUAUAGCGUUUAAACAGUUCAUGUUUAAACAUUUUUAUCUCGACCUUCAUUCAACGAAGGCUUGAUGCAUUCAUGUAUCAAUCUAAUACUAACAGUGUAUUGUGUAGCAGCUACAUGUCUAAGUCUGUGACUGGUUUCUGGUUUCGGUUUCGCCGACAAAAACCAGGAUCAAAUAGUAAACAAAGAGCCACCUGCCAAAUUAAAAGACUAAAAUUGUUGUUGGGA